CACCUUUUUCCAUGGAGUAAUUAAGGCCUGCCUCAGAGUGAAAGAGCACUCCCUGCCCAGCUGCCUAAGGGAGAGCUGACAGAACUACCACCAAGCAUGAAGCUCCUGGGGACUGCCUUCUUUUUCCUUGCUGUACUCUGUGUUUGCACUGUAGGAGAAGAUGGCAAUGAAACAACUACUGCCAAGCCAGCUGCUUCUACAGCAACAUUAAAAGCUGCAGUGGAAUCUGUGAAUACAACAACUUCGCAAACAAUAACACUGUCAAUGCCCACGCUGACAAAUGCAGUCAAAGCUGCAGAUGAAAACAUCACAAGCAGCCCCAUGUCGUCUUCACCUAAUGCUACAUCACAAACAACACAAGGUACAACAAAAGAACCUCCAGCAGGGACUUCAGUAGCAAGUACAAGUCUCAGCACAACAAACACUACACAAGCAAGUGGAACACAGUCGGCAGAAAACAAAAAUUCGGACGCUGCAUCUACUACAGGACGGUCUUUUUUUUCUACAGUCUCUCCAGAAAGAAACACUUCUGCUUCUGGAACCUCAGGCCUUCCCAUGAGCUCUCCAACAAACUCAGCAAAGCCAACUUCUGAAAGUCCUAAAAGCAGUUCUGGAAACCAGACUCAGACAGAGAGUGAUAUCAACUAUUCUAAUGUUAUCUUGCCAGUUGUCAUCACCCUGAUAGUCAUUACCCUCUCUGUCUUUUCACUGGUGGCUUUGUACAAAAUGUGCCAGAAGAAAACUCCAGAGAGACAAGAGAAUGGCGCUGAACAGGCCCAGUCAGAUAAAGAAGGAGUCAAACUUCUUUCUGUGAAGACAGCUUCUUCUGAGACUGGAGAGCACUCAUCUCAUGGGAAGAAUAAAACUCGGCAACUUUUCACAUCUCAGCAGUAAAUAUAUGUGAAGCAGCCUGUUUUAUCACAAUAUGCAGGAGCAUCUCACCAAAGUUGUGUUUCAAUGGGAAAUGUGGAGAGGCUGAAGCUUUUUUACCAUCAGGACACUUGUGUUAAUGACCAGGUUUUGACUCCUAAAUCUCAAGCAUCUCCUUUCCCUUCUGGAAUGACAUGUAAUUUUUUGAUGGCUUAAUAACUGGUAUAUCAUGUAUAUUUAUUAUUUUCACAUAUAGUAAAAGCAGGGAAACAAGGUUGAAGACAAUGUAAAAACAAGAAGGGUGAAGAUAAUGUAAAAAUUUGGUGAUGUUUCCAUAGUAGCUACUAAAAAAUGUUUUGUGCACACACAGGAAGGAAUACGUCAGCAUACUUUGUUGAACUUAUGGUAGCUAGGGAUAUUUUAAUUGUAUGUUGCAGAAUGGAAACAGGGCCUGAGCUUUGAAAAAGGACUGGGCAAACAGCCACUAUGAAAAUUAAUUCAGUGAUUUGCAUGAGACUCCUCACUGUAGCACAUGCUUUUCUUGUCAUAAAUGUUUACAGGGUGGGAUGCCCGGCUGAGAUGCUGAAGUGUGUGCUGCUUCUCUGUGAAUGGAGGAAUAUACCUUGCACUGAGGCUCUUUGAAAUUCUGUAAAUUACUGAAUACAGUCCUUUCAAUGUAGCAGGCAAUAGCUGGUUUUCACCUGUUCCUUGGAUAACUGCACUAUGUGUGCUACAAAUAUGACUUCCAUAUAGCCUGGGGCACGCAGUGGGAAUCAGCUAGGUAAGCAAUUUCACAGAUGAACUUUCUUCCCUGUGUUCUGAGUAAUGCAUGGGAUUCCUGAGGGUUAUUGAAUAACUCUGGAAGUUCAAAGAGUGUUUCAAGUGCUAAUUACAGACACUCUUAAUUUGUACAGAGCUGACAGUUCCAAAAUAUCAAGUAGUGCUUCUACCUGUAUGUACCCUACCUUUCUAGAACUAUAAAUGUUUGAAAGUUAUAUUACUGUGAGCAUCUUCUCAGUCUCAAUCCACUGACUGUAGCAUUCAAAGAAUUACCUUUUUUUUUAAUUGGGAAAUGGAAGGAAGACAACUUGUGGUCUAACUCCAGGACCAAGAUCCAGGACAGUCACCUGAGUUUUGAUACCUAUUGAUAUAAUGCAUUUGAGGAACUUUUCUCUCCCAUUUCCUUCUCUGAAAUAUUAAAAUUUGCCUAGCAUUAUAGUGAGAGAUUGAGAAGAUUUAUUAAUUCAUGCCUAUAGACAAAUCUGAAAAGUGUUUAUUUCCCUGUGCUUGGCUGUUGCUCUUACUUCCAAUUUGGCGGGUCUGAUAAUCUUCUGUCCUGGUGGCACCAUGAGAGACUUCUGGUGAAACUCAAUAAAAGAUGGGAAACAAGUG